CCGGCCGCAUGGAGCUCCCGGAGGGCGCCAGCCCGGGAGGGACAGUUAAGGAGGUCAAGGUGCCACAGGCUGCCCUGGGCACCCCCGUCCCUGGGACGGGGACCGACGGCCACUCAGCUGUGGCCGAGGAGGAGGUGGGCAUCCCGGUACCAGCACCAGGGCUCCUGCAAGUCACAGAGAGGCGGCAGCCCCUGAGCAGCGUCUCCUCCCUGGAGGUGCACUUCGACCUCCUGGACCUCACCGAACUAACCGACAUGUCCGACCAGGAGCUGGCCGAGGUCUUUGCUGAUUCAGACGACGAGAACCUGGCUGGCGAGUCGCCUGCAGGCCUCCACCCGCUGCCCCGGGCCGGCUGUCUGCGCUCCCCCUCCUGGACACGCACCAGGGCCGAGCAGAACCGUGAGAAGCAGCCCUUUGGGGACCCUGAGCGGCAGCCUGCCGUUGCGGACACGUUUCUCACCGUGGAGAGGCCCAAGGAGGACUAGUCUGGCUGGCCCAGGGCCGAGGCCCCGUGGACGCUGCCCGCCCCACGUGGCUGCGGGCUGGGGUCUCGGGGCACCUCGGCAUAAGCACA